AUGCGCUCUUCGAGUGGAAACAGUUGUGCAGUGCAGCAGCUGUGCCUCCACGCACACACCAUGCUCACUCUUGAUCUACCGAGUCAACUAAAUCAUCUCCUCAUUGCACGCUGUGACGUGUUCCAUGCAGGUGCAGCAGCAGUGCCUGCACACCGUGCUCGUGCUCUUCAGACUCUGCCCCGCACUGCUGCUCGCGGUUCAGACGUAGCUCCUACCACACAUGCCAAACUUGACGCGCACACUCUUCUUAUCAAUCCCACUCCCUCACCCUGCUCCACGUCUCCUCCUCUCCUCCUCCCCUCCUCCCCUCCUCCCCUCCUCCUCCCCUCCUCCUCCCCUCCUCCUCCCCUCCUCCUCCCCUCCUCCUUCUCCCUUCAUCCUCGCCCAUGGACUACCUUUGAAAUGCCUUUAAAAUCUUCCCCUGCCCUCCAUGCCCCCUUCUCCCCUUGCCCUUUUCUCCCCUCGCCCCGUUCCCCCCUUUCCCACUCCCCCCUUCCACCCUUCCCUACGUCCCUUCUUACUCCAACCUCACCCCGGCCCCCCUUUCUUCCUCCACACCCCUGCCCCGCCCACGGUAGUCCCUGCAGCGGGGUCUCUGCUGGCGGUGUAGCUGCUUGCGGGAUAUCUGCUGGUGGGGUAUCUGCUGGCGGGGGUCUCUGCUGGCGGGGUCUCUGCUGGCGGGGGUCUCUGCUGGCGGGGGCUCUGCUGGCGGGGUCUUUGCUGGCGGGGGUCUCCGCUGGUGGGGGUCUCUGCUGGCGGGGGUAUCUGCUGGCGGGGGUCUCUGUUGGCGGGGUCUCUGCUGGCGGGGUCUGUGCUGGCGGGGUCUCUGCUGGCGGGGGUCCUGCUGGCGGGGGGUCUCUGCUGGCGUGGGCUCUGCUGGCGGGGUCUCUGCUGGCGGGGGUAUCUGCUGGCGGGGGUCUCUGCUGGCGUGGCGGGGUCUCUACUGGCGGGGUCUCUGCUGGCGGGGGGGCUCUGCUGGCGAGGGUCUCUGCUGGCGUGGCGGGGUCUCUGCUGGCGGGGUCUCUGCUGGCGGGGGUCUCUGCUGGCGGGGGUCUCUGCUGGCGUCGCGGAAUGUGCAGCCGCUGCAGUAGCAUAGGGGCCAACAGGAGGGCGGGCGGGGAAAUCUGCUGGUGCGCAACGGGCGGCGUGGAUCUGACGACGGGCGGCGGAGCGCUGACCACGGGCGACGAGGAGGUGACGACGGGUGGCGCGGAUGUGGCUACGAACGACGGGGUUGUGGCGACGAGCGGCGGGGAUGUGGGCUCGCUGAGUGUUGCAACGAGCAAGACGAAGGGCCGCAACAGCAGCGCGAUGCACACAUUGGUUCUCCACCUGCGCUGGCUCUCUGGUGACUAUGCCUCAGCUGUCUCCACCCUCGCCACAGCAACAACACCUACCACAAUCACCACCACCACCACCAGCAGUGGCGGCGGUGGCAGUGGCGGCAGCACCAGAAUUGACACCAGCAGCAGCGGUGGUGGUAGCGCAGGCAUGGCAGGGAGGGGUGUGGGGGAUGGCGCUGAGGGGCAGGGGCAGGGGCAGGGGCAGCAACGGCCGGGAGCAGCAGCAGAGUCUCUCUUUGAAGCGGUGGAGCUGCUGCUGUUUGAGUCCAUCGCCACUGCCAAGCUGGGAGCGGACAGCAGCGUGGGCGGCAUGUCGGGAGGAGCAGCAGCAGUGGGGGCGCCAUUGGCACGCUCUCGCCUGCUGUCCGCUGAUGUGGGAGCCAUUGCCAAGCUCGCUGCUGCAGAGACUGACCUGCGCACUCGCGCACGCGUCUGCCUCUCCAACGUGUGUGUGGAGAGGGGAGAGAGUGGGAAGGAAGGGGGACUUACCUGA